AUGACUCCCGUCCGUCGCCCGAGCCAGUCGCCGUCCAUCAGCCUGCUGUUGAACGACCACGACGAAGGCCACGACACAGACUCAUCGCACGACCCAUCCUCGAGUUCGAAUCGACUGGACAAUUACUUCUCCGUCGAACCGACUGAACCGGGGUCUGGGUCCGACUCGCUGGACCCUGACGGACAGCAGCAGCAACACCCACCGCAUCCGCAGCACCAGGUCGAGUCGGCUGGUGGCCCUUCUCCACGCACGGAGGCCUACUCCCACCGCAAGAGGCCCAGAGUGGAUUCGUACGAUGCCAACCCGUCGGCGACAUUCGCGACGCACCACCCUUCUGGGCUCGGACAACGCUCGCAUACGCCGACCGCGAGCGGCGCAUCGAGCACAGCCGUCGCGCCGAUGCGACCGCCGAGCUCGACCCGCCCCGCUUCGUCCAUGACACCGACGACACCCCAUCUUUCCCGAUCCCCCUCCCUCACUUCCUCAUCCCAACUCUACGCCGCUCCAUCCCCACCACGGUCCAGAUCAGCUUCCAUCAGCUCGGCCACGUCCAACAGUCGACCGACCUCGUCCUCCGGUCUGGCCACAGCCCCAGCCUUUGGAACAAUAGCAGCACCCGCACCAAUCCCACCACCGGCCCCCGUUCCGAAACCCAAACCACCGCCGCCACCACCGCCACCACAGAACACGUUGGAACCGAGUAUCUUCAACGUCAAGCCGAUCGACGAGUUCACGCGGGAGGUCGCGGACUGGUUAUGGGGUUUCUGUCAGGGUUUGGAUUGGAAUGUCGUCGAGGUCAGUUCUCCUCCCAACGGAAGAUGGGGAAAGGGUUGUGACUAAAAUGCAUGACUUGGGUGACCAGAUUGAAGCCAAGGUGGGCCUACUGGUCGAUGUGAGGUACAAGAACCAGACCCGGUUCAGCUUGCCAACGCCGAUCGAGCACAGUCAGUCCGGGAGGGUCCAGCUCUAUCGGAGAAGGAUCAUUGUGCUGAUUGCAUGAGUUCUUCUUUGCAGUCAUCAUGGACGAUUCCAACACGCGCUUCGUCAGCAACAUGACCCUCGUCAGUCCCGAAAUCCCACCACCAAGUUGGCUCCAUGUUUGGCUAAAAAGCGACCAAGUCUCCCUUGCUGCAGAACCAACACAAAUCCUACAACGUCCUCCUCAACUCGCGCGUGGAAGAAUCCGCCUCCGAAGGUUGUCUCACCUCCCCCGUGCGAUACGUGCACACACGGGAAACGGACUCGUUCCACAACUCACCGCAUGGAGGAGGCGGAAAAGUCCGCGUGACGACACAGGGGAAGGGCCCGGAAGGGAAGGUGUUGAGGGUGGUGGAGAAGACGAGGUUGGCGGAUAUGAACAUCGCGAGUCCAAAGAGGUGCUUUGAUUGGAGGAUUUCGGUUAGUACCGAAUUGCCGGGUGAGUUCCUUCUUUCGCUUUUCCGAAAGAAAAAAAAAACCCCGACCUCGUUCGCUGAUCUACUUCCAUCCCGUCCAGCUACCCUCCCCCCCAAUUCCUCACCCAACGCCCACCUGACUCGCUUCAAAGACCGCAUGACUUAUACGCACCAAGGGUUCCAAAUCGACCUGACCCAAGUCUCGCAACCCAACAGGCCGAUCCUGCACGAAUUGGAAGUCGAGUUCGUCGAUGUGAAAAAGUUGUUGGUGGAGAAGGAGAAGGAGUUGGAAGGAGGGGAGAGUCGGUAUUUGGAUAUGGUGCAGGCGUUCUUGAAUAACAUUCGUGAGUUUGGGUUGUUGGGGUGGUGGGGGUGGGUUUUGGGUUUCGUUUGACUGACCUCGUUUUCUGCGACAGGGAUGUUGAUUCGGAACGCAGGCGAUCCUUGA